CACACACGAUCGCAUGUCGCGCUUCGUUUCGCUUGUUCGGUUUUUGGUCUUUUAAUCGGACUGUAGUCAGAACCAGACAGCCAUUCGCUUGCCGAACGUUGUAGCGUACGGUACUAGUGCCUAUCUAGAAAGCUACACACUCUUAUAUACGAGUAUAGUCAAGUGUAAUAUCGGAAACGGAAGCAAACGCGUACGUUAGUUCUGUGCGCAUUUUGAAAGUGAAAAGUGAACUAGAAAUUGAAACUGAAACUGAAAAUUGCUAAGCGAACAAAAACAAACAAGAAAUACACAAAGCAGAGCAACAAUUGAAAGUGAAGCAGCAAAAUUAAUUUAUUUUGCUGUUAGUGACAAAACUAUUUGAAUAAAUUGACAUAAACACACACCACAAAAUGGUUACCGGCGUAACUGCAGCCAACAUGAAUGCCAGCGUUUUGGGCGCCGCUGUGGUGCCCAGCCAGCUGAAGGAGACAGCGCUUAAGAGCGAUCGUCGGUCCAAUAAGCCCAUUAUGGAGAAACGCCGACGCGCCCGCAUUAACAACUGUCUGAAUGAGCUGAAGACUCUCAUACUGGAUGCGACCAAAAAAGACCCGGCGCGUCAUUCCAAGCUGGAAAAGGCCGAUAUUCUGGAGAAAACAGUUAAACAUCUGCAGGAGUUGCAGCGCCAACAGUCCGCCAUGCAACAGGCAGCCGAUCCAAAGACAAUUAACAAAUUCAAAGCCGGCUUUAACGAUUGCGCCAAUGAAGUAAGUCGCUUUCCGGGCCUUGAGCCCGCCACACGCCGCCGUCUGUUGCAACAUUUGAGCAACUGCAUCAAUGGCGUCAAGACUGAGUUGCACCAUCAGCAGCGACAGGCAGCUGUGGCACAAGCCCAGCAGUUGCACGCCCAAAUGUUGCCAUCACCGCCCAGCUCACCCGAACAGGAUCAUUUGCAACAGCAACAACAGCAGCAGCAGCAACAACAGGCGCCCUAUCUCUUUGCUGGCCAGAUACAACAGACCGCUCAGGGAUACUUUCUGCCAAAUGGCAUGCAAGUGAUACCAACAAAGUUGCCCAAUGGCAGCAUCGCCCUCGUUUUGCCCCAAAGUCUGCCCCAACAGCAACAGCACCACCAGCAGCAGCAACAACAGACCGCCGCAUUGGCCGUUGCAGCAGCAGCCGCAGCCGCUCAACAGCCACCCCUGCUUGUGCCCAUCCCUCAGCGUACCGCCUCCACCGGCUCGGCCUCGUCGCACUCCUCGGCGGGUUACGAAUCAGCGCCUAGUUGCAGCAGCAGCAGCAUACAUUAUGCGCCACCCAGCCCAGCCAACUCCUACGAAGCGAUGGACUGCAAACCCUCAGUUAUUCAACGCGUGCCCCAACAGCAGCAGCAGCAGCAACAGCAGGAUCAGCAACCGCUCUCGCUGGUCAUGAAGAAGCAGAUCAAGGAGGAGGAGCAGCCCUGGCGGCCAUGGUGAGGCGCAGGCCUAGAUUGAAGCCUAGAUGGCUGUCAGAAUCUGGAGAAUCUCGCAAAAGCAGGCAAGCGUUCAGCGCUAUGGCGGCAUUAAGACUGAUGGGCGUUGCACACACGUACGCACACACACACACACACACACAUUGCGCAGGUGUCGCAAUUGGGCACAAUUGGGUCAUACAUUUUUCUUAUUGGACCAGUUCCCGGGACGCAUGUACCGCACACACAAACAUAUAUAUGUAUAUACACACAUAUAUAUAUAUAUCCAUCUCACUCCAUCUCGCUCAUUUCACACAUUUCGCACUUGCUUGGAAAUGUCGCUCGAAGUGGCACGGCAGGACAUGCGAGCAACAAUCGUCACAGCUUCCCCUACCGGAAGCUGACUUGUACGAAACUCACCACUCACUCACGCAUGCACGCAUUCACCAACACUGUACCAAUCACACACACACACACACAUUGUUGUAAUUUAUUUAUUUUUGUAAACCUAAACCUCAUCAAUUUGCGCUAACGGUAUUCUACACAACAAGCGUAGGGAAAGAAAAAAAGAAAGAAAGAAGAAAGCAAAACAAGGAAUAACAAGAAGAAGAAGAAACUACCUCAGUCCAAGUACUUGGUGUUGAAUUGCCUCAUGAAUGAAUGUAUUAGAAUGUUUUUCAUUUAACUUGCUAUUUUUUCGCUCAACUGUGUUUUUUAAACUCGUAUUGCUAUGCCUACAAAAUUCCACACACAUAUUAUAUGUGUAAUAACAAUGAGUGAAGAAAGAGCGCUACUUAAGAAAAAAAGAAGUAAACAAUAACAAUGAAAUCUAAAAAGUCUUCCCUCACUUUGUGCUGACAAAUGCGAAUCAAACAACAGAUGAUACUUUAGAAGCACAAAGCGCAACUUUUUUAGAAAAAGUGAAAAAAGCACACAUAAUACUGUCUUGUGAAAUAAAUAAAUACGCAUAAUUAUAUCUCCAUUUGAUAAUAGUUUUUUGUUAGGUGUAAGCCGCUUUACGUUUUUUCUCUCUCUCUCUCUCUCUCUUUAUCUUUUUCAUCUUAUUUAAGUUAUUUAAUUGUAAAACUAAAUGCAUAAAAGAAAGGUAUAUUUAUAAAUAUAGAAAACUAUUUGUAUAUGUCGUUUAUAAGACCACGUGAUAUAGUGAUCAUAAUGAUGAGCAACUAAGAAAGAGCAAAAAACAAAAAAUUUGAUAAAACAGAAACAAAAAACAACUUGAAAAAAUCAACCACAACAACACAAAACUACUAAAAAGGAAUAAAAUUUACAAAAAUUACUCAAAAAUCAA